AUGUUCAUCCAGUUUCUCAGCUCCCAGGAAGUGGCUUCUUCAUCCACCACCAUGGCUGCCAUAUGGGCUCUGGUCAUUAUCCACCUCCUUCUACUGCUCCCACUCCUGCGGUCCUCCAUUGUGUUCGAGCUCCACGGCGACGUCUAUCCUACUGGCCUCUUCUAUGUUACCAUGAACAUUGGGGAACCCGCAAAGCCCUACAACCUCGACGUCAACACGGGCAGCCCCCUCACGCGGCUGGAGUGUGACACCCCCCUCCAGAGCACUCACAAGGGGCCACACGAGGCGUACAGACCAACACCGACCAACGUGGUGCCAUGUGACGAUGAGCGAUGCGUGGCGGUGCACAAGGACCUCGGCCUCGCGCACGACUGCACUCAGAACCCAGACCAAUGCGACUAUGUGUUAGGUUGCAAGGACGGCGAGUCGUCCUUGGGCGUGCUCUUGACCGACCAGUUCUCCCUCCCCACCAACAAUGAGAACCGCCCCAACCUUGCCUUCGGCUGUGGGUACGACCAGGAAGGUGGGAAAGAGGCAGGCAAGAGCCCGGUGGAGGCAGACGGCGUCCUCGGGAUCGGCAAGGGGACGGGUGACCUUGUCUCCCAGCUAAAGCAACAAGGCAUAAUCGUUGACAAUAUCUUUGGCCAUUGCCUCGGCGUCCAUGGAGGGGGUUUCCUCUUCUUUGGGGGCGACAGGGUGCCCUCUGCCGGCGUAACCUGGGUUCCAAUGGCUCAGAAUGUCGGGAGCCACUACUCACCUGGCGCAGCAACACUGAACCUCAAUGUACAACUGGAAUACCCGGUAAGCAUGGAGCCAAUGACCACCAUGUUUGACAGCGGGAGCACCUACACCUAUGUUCAUAAGGACACAUAUGGUCGCCUUAUUGCAGCGGUGGGAGUCACUCUCGAGGGUUCAUCACUUACCAAGGUGGACGAUGAUGCGCUGCCUGAAUGCUGGGAAGAAACCGAGCCAAUUCAAUCUGUUGACGACGUCAAGAAUAAAUUCAAGCCACUUGAACUCACUUUCGGCCAUGGGGCUAACCAGGCCACCAUGGAGAUCCCUCCUGAAAACUAUAUUGUUGUCACGAAAACCGGGAAAGUGUGUCUGGGCAUCCUCAAUGGAUCACAGAUUGGUCUGGAUCGACUGAACCUAAUUGGAGGUAAUAUAAUGCAGAAUUAUAUCAUGAUGUACGAUAACGAGAGAGCACGAAUCGGAUGGGCCCGUGCGUUGUGUGAUGAAAUGCCAGGUCCCGAACCUCUCAUCGGGUCACGUCUCUGA